AUGUGUUUUGCUCGUAGCUCAUCAAACCAGAUGGGGAACGUGAAAUUCAUUAGUGGUCAGAGUGCUAUUAAUGUUGUUUGUCAGAAUGUUGCAGCUGCUAUUUUACAAGCAGCACCUGUAUCUCCAGCUUCAAGUACCACAGACACGUCCAGCAAUGGGUCAAGUGGAAGUGACUUACCUCCUUCCAACAGAAUGGCAGACCCAAAGAAAACCCCUGGUCCUAAAACAAGUAUAGCAGUAUAUAAUGAAAAAGGACGUAAACGUAAAGUCUCCCAAGGAAGUCGAGAAAUAUCUUCAACACUUAUCACCUCUGUAGUAUCAACUAGUGGGAAUGGAGUCUUUCCUCCAUCCAUCUACACAUUACCCGUUGAAGGAGGUAGUGGAAUUUUAAAUACCCAACCUUCUACGACAGUUUCUACUUCACAUCGUAAAGAUUCAGGUAGAAGUUACUCGUUCAACAUUGGCUCUUUUUCUAGCCUAAGCCAGUUUCGGCAAGCCCAAGCUCUGGCUGUUUCUAGCCGAGAUGCCAUUUCUCCUGUGGUUUCUUAUUCAGAAAAUUUGUCAGAUGAAAUGGAAAAUGCUUCCCUUUCUUCAUCUUGUGGCAACUCUGUUAUGUUACCUUCAACCAUCUCCACUUCAGCUUCUAGUCUACCUGCUGUAAACAUUUCAAGUUCUUUGCAUUCCAUUCUUGCUUCACCUGUUACCUUUUCUUUUCCAUCGAGUAUUAGAACAACCAGUGUUAAUACAUCAUUACUAAACAUGUCUUCCACAAAAUUGCCCGGUGUUAUUCCUAGUCUAGCUUUAAAUGGAAAUCCUCUGACUACAUUCACCUUUCCAGCUGCCACAAGAGUCUUAAUGAGUGAAAAUUUUGCAGAAACACCACCUGCAAGCUCCUCAGAUGUUUUAAUCAGAAAAGCUUCACCAAUAGGGAAAGGCCAGUCAUCAUUAAUUGAACCAGACCAAGAGCAAGUAGAAGCAAUUCAGAAGCUACAGUAUCAUGAUUUUCCUCUUACUACUGCUUGUUUGACACCAGGAACUACUAGUAAUUCUCCUGCUGUAACUCAAGCAAAAAUUCUUACCAGUGGUCAUUUUGACCUUACCAAGUUACAGACUUUGGCACAAGCUAGCAGUAUCAGUAAAAGCAUUGUCACUUCUAGUGAACUUUCCAGUACUCCUUCAACUAAACAGUUUACCCCUAAAACCAUUCUGAAAUCCCCAACAUUGCUUUUAUCAUCUUCUCAAGGAACAGAGCCUGCUACUUUUCUUAUCUCAGGGUCUACGAAAUCAUCAGCAGGCAAGCCUUUACAGCUGCAGGGGGUCAUUCUCAAUGCUUCAUCCUCUUCUCCCUCGGCUAGAAUGCAGGCAGCAACAGCAAUUUCGAAACGAAGAGAGAAGAAGCUGAGUGGAUGUACCGAAGUUCAUAUGUUUAGUAGUUGUUGUUCAUCCAAAGAUCAACCAGACAAAAUUCACUUUGAAAUUCCCACACAGGAAGAAAAUCUAUACAAUCCAUAUUUAUUUGAUCCUGUUAGUGACAAUGGUGUAUCAUCAACACUCUUUAGUAAGAGUAAGAAUAAUAUAAUAGAGGAAUCUAUAGUUGUAUCUCAACAUUCACAUUCUCAAAAUGGGGGAACAGUUAGUUUGAAGAAUGAUGAAACACAAAUUUUAUCAAAUUUACAAGCAGGGCAUGAAGAAAGGAAUUUACUCAUUUCAGAAGAAGUAGAAGAGAGAGAACAUUUGCUAGGGAUCCAAGUUGUGGAACCUAUUACUGUAUCAGCUGGUAGCAAAGACAACUCUUGCUGUCUGGCAUCGGGGUCAUCUGGAUCAUCCUUGAACUUGUAUAUUGAUCAUUCUGUACAACCUUUGACUAAACCAGCUGUUGAUCCUUAUACAAAACAAGCAUCUGAUGAUUGUUUGACAGUAACUUCUCAUGAAUCAUCUAUAACACAGCUUUCAAGAAAUUCACCAUUGCCUGUUCCAUAUACAAUAGAAACUUCCAAAGGUUCUCCACUUCCAUUAUUUGUUAAUCAUACAGAACAACCUCCAAGAAAAUCUAUGGUUUUAACAGUUGCUUGUUCACCUGAAACACUAUGUUCUGAUACUCCUUUGACUUCAUAUUCUGUUAUAAAGCCCUCUGGUAAUUCCUUAGCUUCAACAUCUGUUGAUACUUCCGGACAUUCCCCGGCUUCGAUGUAUGUUGACACUUUUGCAGCACAACCUUCUGGAGAUUCCCCUGCUUCAAUAUCUGUUAAUAAUUCCACAAUAAAACCUUCUGAAGAUACCCCAAAUUCAACAUUUGUUGAUACUUUCACAGUACAACCUUCUGGAGAUUCCCCAGCUUCAACAUCUGUUGAUACUUCCACAGUACAACCUUCUGGAAAUUCUCUAGCUUCGAUGUAUGUUGAUAAUUCCACAGUAAAACCUUCUGAAGAUACCCCAAAUUCAACAUCUGUUGAUACUGUCACAGUACAACCUUCUGAAGAUUUCCCAACUUCAAUAUCAGUUAAUACUUUUACAGUACAACCUUCUGGAAAUUCUCAAGUUUCAACAUCUGUUGAUAAUUUCACAGUACAACCUUCUGGAGAUUCCCCAGUUUCGACAUCUGUUGAUACUUUUAGAGUACAACCUUCUGGAGAUUCCCCAGCUUCAAUGUAUGUGGAAACUUCUACAAAUCAACCUUCUGGAGAUUCUCCAGUUUCAACUACUGUUCAUACUCCCACAGAUAAACCUUCUGGUGAUCCCUCAGCUUCAAAAUCUGGUGAUACCUCUUCCAUGAUUGGUCAUUCUGAACGGUUUUCAAGUGUAUUAUCUAUAGAAACUUCUACACUAAAACCUUUUGAGAACAUAUCAUCCUCAGUAUCUGUACUUUCUGGAGAUUCCUCAACUUCAGUAACUGUCAGUACUUCCACAUUACAACCAUCUUUAAAUUCAUCAGCUUCAGGGUCCGCUGACUCUUCGGGAACAAAACUUUCUGGGAGUUUCUUCACAUCAACAUCUGUUAGUUCUUCUACACCAUCAUCUACUGGAGAUUCCUUAACUGCAGCACUGGUAGUUUCAUCUACAACACAAUCUUUAGAAGGCUCAUCAGUUUCAAACUUUAAUGGUUAUUCUCUAAUGGAAUCUUUAGGAUGCUAUCCAACGUCACUGUCCGUAAGUUCUUCAACAACAGUACAACCUUCUGAAAGUUCAUCUUCACCAUGUGUUAUUUCUUCAGCAACACAAUUUUCAGGAGAUAUGGGUACUUCCAGUGCUGAUUGUUUCUUAACAACACAAGCUACAAGAAGUUUUCAAGGAGCACAAUCUUCUGAAAGUUUAGCAACUUCAACAUCUUUUGGUUCUUCAGAAUCAUGGUCCUUAAAAAACUUAAUGGUUUCAAAACCAGAUUCUCUUUCAAAAUGGCAAUCUUCAGGCAGGUUUUCAAUUCACACAUGUGUUGAUUCUUCAAUAGCAAAUACAUCAGUGGCUGCAGCUUCAAUGUCUCUUAGUACUUCCACGACAGAAGUUUCAGGAGAUAUGCCAUUAACAUCUGUUGCAUCUUCAACAACACAUCCUUCAGAUGGUUUUUCAUCUUCAUCUGUUAGUUCUUCAACGACACAAACUUCAACUUAUUUAUCAGAUUUAACUUGUGUUGAUUCUUUGACAUCACAAUCUUUAAGGGGAUUAUCAUCAAUAACUGUUGACAGUUCCACAAUGCAAUCUACAAGAAAAUAUUCAGUUCCUGCAGUUAUUGAUUCUUCAACAAUACAAUCUUUGGGACAUUCAUCAACUAAAAAUGUUGAUACACCAGUAAUGCAAUCUUCUUCAGGUCUAUUGUCAUCAAAAACUGUUGUUACAUUACCAAUCCAAUCUCCAGGGGAUUCUUCAAUUUCAAACACUGUUGAUACUUCAGCAAAACGAUCUUCAGGAAGUUCUUCAAUUUCAAAAAUUCUUGAUACUUCAGUAACACAAUCUACAGUGGAUUCUUCAACUACAAAAACUGUUAAUACUCCUGUAGCUUUAUCAUCUUCCAAAACUAUUUUUACUCCAACAACACAGUCUUCACGGGUUUCUUCAACUUCAAAAGUUGUUGAUACUCCAGGAGCACGAUCUUCAAAAACUAUUGAUACUUCACUAACACAAUCUUCAGGAGGUUCUUCAACUUCAAAAACUGUUGAUACUUCAUUAACACAAUCUUCCGAGGGUUCUUCAACUUCAAAAACUGUUGAUACUUCACCAACACAAUCUUCAGAGGGCUCUUCAACUUCAAAAACUGUUGAUGCUUCACCAACACAGUCUUCAGAGGGUUCUUCAACUUCAAAAAGUGUUGAUGCUUCACGAACACAAUCUUCAGGGGGUUCUUCAACUUCAAAAACUGUUGAUGCUUCACCAACGCAAUCUUCAGGGGGUUCUUCAACUUCAAAAAGUGUUGAUGCUUCACCAACACAAUCUUCAGAGGGCUCUUCAACUUCAAAAACUGUUGAUGCUUCACCAACACAAUCUUCAGAGGGCUCUUCAACUUCAAAAACUGUUGAUGCUUCACCAACACAAUCUUCAGGGGGUUCUUCAACUUCAAAAACUGUUGAUGCUUCACCAACACAAUCUUCAGGGGGUUCUUCAACUUCAAAAACUGUUGAUACCUCAUCAACACAACCUUCAGGGGGUUCUUCAACUUCAAAAACUGUUGAUACUUCACCAACACAAUCUUCAGGGGGUUCUUCAACUUCAAAAACUGCUGAUACUUCACCAACAAAAUCUUCAGGGGGUUCUUCAACUUCAAAAACUGCUGAUACUUCACCAACAAAAUCUUCAGUGGGUUCUUCAAGUUCAAAAACUGGUGAUCUUUCACCAAUAAAAUCUUCAGGAGGAUCUUCAAUCUCAACAUCUGUUAGUCCUUCACCCACUAAACCACUGUCUAGUCGAAACAUGGUGCCUUUUCCCACCAUAGCUGCAACCAGAACAAGGCGUGUUAAAACACAGAGAUAUUAUGACUUUUGACUUAUUCUUUUAAAGCUUCAGUUGUUAUUAGUUAAGAGUUAUAUGUUGUUAUUGUGAUUAUAUCCUGUAUAAUCUUUAUUGUUGAAGCAUAAAAAUCACAUGCAUUUUAAAAAAAAUCAAAGUAGGAAACAGAAAAAAAAUAAUACAAUUAGGGCUUAAUUUUUUAAUGAUAUUAAACACAAUUUUUCAUAAAAGUUGGCGAGUUCUAACAUUGUUCUAUUGCUAGUAGAUGAUUCACUUUUGGAAAAUCUAAAACAUGAACAUAACGAUAUGAAACAUUUAUUAAAUGUUUCGGAAUCUUCAAAAUUCCAUCUUCAGAAAUUUAGAGGUGCAAAACUAACACAGUGCUACAAACAGAAAUAUGAUAUAAUUUAUAAUAAAUAAUAAGUAAACGAUAUGAAUGUAAAAAGUAGAACAAGAGGAAAUGAAAAGCAUGUAGUGCGAAUUAAAAAAGAUGUAAAUCAAAUGAAGAACGUGUAUGAUUUAGAGAUGGAAGAAGAUAUUUUAUGUAAAAUGUUUCUUUUAUUAGAAGUUCAGUGUCAUGCUUAGCUGUUGAGAAAAUUUUAAAGUUGGAGAGAGACAUUGUUUUUAUAUUAUUGUGUUGAUAGUUAGCAGGUUUUAUAGAUUAUGUCCACAUGUUCAAAUGCUCUACAGUCUCAGCAUGUGUAUAAGUAUAUGAGAUGUGAACAGUGGGCAGUCGGUAAACCAUAUUUAUAGUUCACAUUAAUUCUUCAAAGUUUUCUUUAUAUAUGCAUAGUUUGUAGAACUGAUUAUACAUGUACAUCUAGAUGUGAGUGGCUCUGUUAAAGAAGUCUUUAACGUUAUUGAUAGCUGGAGGUAUUUAUUUCUUUCACAAAUAGGUAAAAUUCUGCUUUAUAAUUUAGUACUUCUCAUGUUGUAAAUGUUUCAAACUUCAAGUCACGUUCUUCAGAGUGGCUGCUUUAAAAGUAAGUAUUUACCUUUAGUAUUAGCUUUGUGUAAAUAAAUGUUUUAAUUGUAUUGUUAGAUUUCAUUUGAAGAAACAGCAUAAAAGAUAAGUGGUAAUUAAUUCAUAUUGUUUAAAAAACUGCAGUGUAAUAUUCACUGUUAGAUUUCAUUUGAAGAAACAGCAUAAAAGAUAAGUGGUAAUUAAUUCAUAUUGUUUAAAAAACUACAGUGUAACGUUCACUGUUAAAUUUCACCUGAAGGAUGAG